GUGUGCACACACAGACUUUGUUUUCUAGAACUCUACAAGAAGAAUGAGGACUCUUACAGUCUACAGUGUUUUGACCAUGGGUUUGGAAUAUACAGGGGAUGAAUUGUAUGGAAGUAACAUGAUUUGGUGUCACUCCAGGAAAAUGUUUAAGUAGUAAAAGAGAGAGAUUGACGAUGUCCCACCACAGUUGCCGACUUCUUCAGGACUUCAGCAGAAGGAUAGCAAACUUCUUUCACCUUCUGUGCCCUUACCGGUGUUUGCAAUGGCUGCUACUGUGAACCUGGAGCUUGAUCCCAUUUUUCUGAAAGCACUGGGUUUCUUACAUUCAAAGAGUAAAGAUUCUGCUGAAAAACUGAAGGCACUUCUUGAUGAAUCUUUGGCUCGGGGCGUUGAUUCAAGUUACCGGCCAUCUCAAAAGGAUGUGGAGCCACCUAAAAUUUCGGGCACAAAACCUACUUCCAUUAAGCCAGAACCCAAGACGUCAUCCAGUCUUCCUCCUGGCAACAGUAAUGGCAAGGUCCUUACAACUGAGAAGGUAAAGAAGGAAGCUGAGAAAAGACCUGCUGAUAAAAUGAAAUCAGACCUCACUGAAGGAGCUGAUAUCCCCAAGAAACCCAGACUGGAGAAGCCAGAGACACGCUCCUCCCCUAUCACCGUGCAGACCAGCAAGGACUUAGCUGUGGCUGACCUGUCCAGCUUUGAGGAGACCAGCGCUGACGAUUUUGCCAUGGAGAUGGGAUUGGCCUGCGUGGUGUGUAGGCAAAUGACGGUGACAUCUGGGAAUCAGUUAGUAGAAUGUCAGGAGUGUCAUAACCUCUACCACCAAGACUGCCACAAGCCCCAGGUGACAGACAAGGAAGUGAACGACCCUCGCCUAGUGUGGUACUGCGCACGGUGCACCAGGCAGAUGAAAAGAAUGGCUCAGAAAACUCAGAAACCACCACAGAAACCAGCUCCUGCCGUUGUGUCUACAGCUCCAGCUGUCAAAGACCCACUAGUUAAGAAGCCAGAAACUAAACUUAAACCAGAAACAGCUUUUCUGGCAUUCAAGAGAACAGAAGUCAAGACAUCCACCGUGAUUUCAGGAAAUUCUACCAGCACCAGCGUUUCCUCGGCAGCUACGAGUGGCCUAACUGGAUGGGCAGCUUUUGCAGCCAAAACUUCCUCUGCUGGUCCCUCAACAGCAAAAUUGAGCUCAGCAGCACAAAACAGCGGUGGGAAACCUGCAGCCUCAUCAUCUAAUCAGAAGCCUGUGGGUCUGACAGGCCUGGCAACAUCAUCCAAAGGUGGAAUCGGUUCCAAAAUAGGUUCUGGGAAUAGCACUGCGGCCACCGUGCCACUGAAACCGCCUCCACCGCUAACCUUGGGCAAAACGGGCCUCAGUCGCUCAGUUAGCUGUGACAACGUCAGCAAGGUUGGUCUUCCUAGUCCAAGUAGUUUAGUCCCAGGAAGCAGCAGCCAGCUGAGUGGGAACGGAAACAACGGGCCAGCCGGGCCCAGCGGGGGUGCCGCCAGCAAGGCCACCUCAGAGCCGAGCAGCAAUCCCUCAGCAUCCCUUAAAGGCCCAACCUCCCAGGAAUCCCAGCUCAACGCCAUGAAGCGACUACAGAUGGUCAAGAAGAAAGCCGCCCAGAAGAAACUCAAGAAGUGAUGGCCGAGGAUGGGUCUUAGGUCACAUUGCCUCAGGGUGAAGAGCUUGUUAUUAGUACCUGAACUGUGAUAUACUGUAAUUUAAUAAAGAUCUUUCUAGUCCCA